CAAUUUUGAAAGUUUUUACCAAAAACAAUAUGUUUAAAAGUAAGCAAGAAGGAAGUCUGGUGUAUAAAUGCACAGUUCGUCUACUCGAUGAUUCUGACGUAGUAGAAUGCGAAUUUCAGGCGUUCCACAAGGGAAUUUACUUAUUGGACUACUUAUGUGGCGAAUUAAAUAUAAAAGAGAAAGACUACUUCGGCUUGCGAUAUGUCGAUUCGUCAAAACAAAGACACUGGCUCGACCUGGCCAAAUCUUUAAUAAAACAAAGUAAGGAACUGGAUCCCAUUUUAUUCUCAUUAAGAGUAAAAUUUUACCCCGCCGAUCCAUUUCGUCUUACUGGGAUCUCUCGAAUUAUGUUGUAUAAACAAUUAAAAAGAGAUUUAAGACACGGACGUUUGUACUGCUCCUUUGGUGAGGCAGCCGCGUUGGGUGCUUUAAUUGUACAAGAGGAACUUGGAGACUAUAAUGAGAAGAUUCAUAUAGGCGACUAUGUUUCGUCCCUUGAAUUGGCCCUGCGUCAAACGGAAAGUCUGGAAAAGAAAAUAAUUGAACUUCACAAAAAGCGAGAGGUUGGGCAGGAUUCUUUCUCAGCUAUUUAUGACUUUCUGGGUAUAGCUCGCACACUGGAAACCUAUGGAAUUGAACCCCAUCCUGUCAAAGAUCACCGUGGAUCGCAGCUUUAUAUUGGUAUUAAUAAUUCGGGUAUUAGCACGUUCAUUGCAGGCAAACGUUCACAACAUUUCCGUUGGAAUGAAGUGCAUAAGAUUAACUUUGAAGGGAAAAUGUUUAUUGCACAUUUAAGUUAUACUGAUGCGAGCCGUGAACCUAAAAAGCACACUAUUGGAUUUAAAUGCCCUUCAGGCGCUGCUUGUCGCUAUCUGUGGAGAUGUGCCAUCGAACAAAUGCUGUUUUUUACACUGCCCAAUAGUGAAAAUGCUGCUGUCGUUUCUGGUGGAGGUUUUUUCUCUUGGGGUACAAAAUUUCGAUACACUGGUCGAACAGAGCGGGAAAUACUAACUGAAAAUAUAAAUGCACUGCGCGAGCAAAAAAUAAAUGGUUCAAGUUCGAGUAAGCGAAAGGCGAGCAGUGUUCCAGCCACUCCUUCUAGUCCCCAGGGAGAAUUAUCACAAAUACGUUACAGUAGCUUACCUCGUUCAACAAUGUCUGAACCGUUGGGAUCCUCCAUUAUACCAAUGAAUCGCAAUCAUGUUUUUGGCGCUCACAACCAGGAUCAGAGCACUUGCUUAAUCGAUAGCAAUGGAUGUAUUCAAAUGCCUAUUUUAGAGCCCGUUUGCGAGGAGGCUCGUCUACGUUCGUCAAACAUUGAGAAUGUCAACUAUUUGACAAAUCCGUUGACUGGACUUCCAUACCGAGAUUUGAUCGAACAUUCUUCCACUGAAUUCGGUAGUGGCUAUGAUCAGGCCAGAAAAAAUAAAGAAAAUACAAAGCAAUACACUGGCUACGCGUCCAAACAGUACUAUUCACUACCUAAUCCUAACUCGAAUUCAUCAGCCGGUAUGACAGUCACUAAGAAAGUUGAUAAUUUUUCGAACAUGCAUAAAAAUUCAGUUCAUAGUGCGAAAACAUUACGAAAAUUUCGCUUAUUGCAUGCCUUUAUUCCAUCGGUUAUUUUCGUAGCUUUCGCGAUGGCUGGAACAGCUGUAUUUAUAAUGGAGUCAGAGUCAGAUCUAUUUGAGCAAAUACGCAAUUCUCCUGAAAUGAUUUGCCUACGCUUCCACUAUUAUCAGCCUUUGAAAGAUUUUUUUUUACAAAAAUUUGGUAGAAAAGAUUAAAUUUAUUGCUAAGUAAUCAGUAAGAAACAUUUUAGUUUGAUUAAAAUCAAAAACAUCUUUAGGAUCUAUGUAUAUAUUAAAUAAUG